UGCUUAUACAAACAAGAUUCCCACUUGAACAUCCUUCAAAAAGUCUCCAUAAUGCUUGAUGCGGCUUUUGCAAUUGAAUAUCUACACCAUGGUCAUAACACUCCAAUAGUUCAUUGCGACCUAAAGCCAACAAACAUUCUUUUGGAUGAAGAUAUGGUGGCGCAUGUUGGUGAUUUUGGAAUUUCUAAAACUUUAGCUGUAAGCAAGUCCAUGGUACAUACCGAGACAUUAGGCAUUCUUGGAUAUAUUGCACCAGAAUAUGGCUUGGAGGGAAUAGUGUCCACUAGUGGUGAUGUUUAUAGUUACGGCAUCAUGUUGAUGGAGGUUUUGACCAAAAGAAGGCCAACAGAUGAAGAGAUAUGCAAUGAAAAUCUUGACUUGAAGGAGUGGAUAAGGCAUGAAAAUCUUGACUUGAAGGAGUGGAUAAGGCAAGCAUUUCCAAGAACUAUCAUGAAAGUUGUGGAUUCUAAUAUUUUUCUUGAGAAAGAACAAAGUACUUCCAAAAGUAAACAUUGCAUAGCCUCCAUGUUCGAAUUGGCUUUAGACUGCACAAAGGAAAUGCCGGAAUUAAGAAUAACCAUGAAAUAUGUAAUCAAGAGGCUCAACAAAAUCAAGAACACAUUUCUGGAAACAUAGAAGUUAGUAUCUCUACCGAUGGUGUUCUUUCUGAGAUGCAAAUUAAUAUUUUGCUUUUUGUUUGUCUGAUUUCUCUAAUAAAGUCUUCGUAUACUAAUACCUGGAAUCAUGUACUGUUUGUACUUCAGAGUGUUGUGUUUCCCUUAUUUUGUUGUUUCAGAUUGAGUAGUUUCGAACCAGCUGGUUCACUUUCUUUAUUUUAGCUAUGUUUUGAAUUGUUAAAUAAACCAGAAAUUAAACUAAGAAAUAUAAUUGAAGUG